UCUGUGCAUAACAGCACCAACAGAGGCGCACGGGGUGGGCGCACAGCGGUAGGGGCGGUGAGGCGCAAUGAGGCGCAGUAACACACAGGAAAGCAGAGUGAAGAGCGGUUGUGAGAAGUUGGACGUACAUCUGUGAUUAAAGCCAUGGCGAGCGCUCAGCCCGGUGUCCACGCGCUCAAACUGCAGCCCCCUGUUGUAUCUCAUACUCUGAGAACCGGCAGCAACUUCAUUAAAUGGGACGAGGACCUGUCCACAGUGACUCCGGUGAUGCUCCGUGUGGAUUCACAUGGAUUCUAUCUCCAGUGGAUGGAUCAGAACAAGGAUACUGAGCUCCUGGACCUGACUCUGGUCAAAGAUGUCCGAACCGGUCGCAGCACCAAGACUGCCAAGGAGGCCAAGCUGCGUGAGCUGCUGGAUGCAGGGAACCUGGUGGGGCGCUUAGAGAACCGCAUGCUCACUGUGGUUACUGCCUCUGACCUGGUCAAUGUCAGCCAACUCAUCUUCAUUGCUUCACAGGAGGAUGAGGCAAAGGUGUGGAGCGAGGAGCUGUUUGCUUUGUGUUCCAACUUGCUCAGCCUCAACUUGAAUCGAGAGAGGAGUUUACUGAAGGCGUAUGUUAGACUGACACUGCUGCCCAAUGCAGAAGAAAGAAUACCCGUCAAAAACAUUGUUCGUCUGUUUUCCGCUGAUCGUAAGAGAGUGGAGAGUGCCCUGGAGAGCUGCAGACUGCCUUAUGGCCGGGGUGACAGCAUUAGACUGGAGGACUUCACUUUGGAUGUGUACCGCAGCUUUCUGGAAAAUUUAUGUCCCCGUCCAGAACUUGCUCUAAUUUUCAAACAGCAAGGGGGCACUGAUGGCACGCUGACACUGGACCAAAUGACAGACUUCAUUAACAGCACACAGAGAGACCCGCGGCUCAAUGAAAUCCUGUACCCACCUCAGCGGCCACCUCAAACUCGCUCACUGCUGCAACGCUACCAGCACCAACCCCACCUGUUGCAGGAAGGGCUGGUGUCCCUGCAGGCCUUCUGCUCUUACCUCUCCAGUGACGAAAAUGGAGUCAUCCCUCCAGAGAAACUGGAUCAGUCUGAGGACAUGAGCUUCCCUCUGUCACACUACUUUAUCAACUCCUCCCACAACACGUACCUGACAGCGGGCCAGUUGGCGGGCAGCUCAUCAGUGGAGAUGUACCGCCAGGUGCUGUUGGCCGGAUGUCGCUGUGUGGAGCUGGAUGUGUGGAAGGGCCGUACUGCUGAGGAGGAGCCUGUCAUCACACAUGGUUUUACCAUGACAUCAGAAAUAUCAUUCAAGGAAGUGAUUGAAGCCAUUGCAGAGUGUGCAUUCAAGACUUCACCAUUCCCAGUCAUACUGUCUUUUGAAAACCAUGUCGACUCGCUCAAACAGCAGGCCAAGAUGGCUGAAUACUGUCGCUCCAUCUUUGGAGAAGCACUCUUGAUCGACCCUCUGGACAAAUAUCCACUCCAGCCUGGUGUCCCUCUACCCAGCCCCCAAGAGCUGAUGGGAAAAAUACUCAUCAAGAACAAAAAGUCCCAUAAACCCGCCUCCACUGGUGACACCAAGAAAUUGACAGAGCAGACAGCCAAUCAGAAUGAGCUACUGUCACUUAGCAACAAUACUGGAGAGAUUGAGGCUGAGAGUGAGGAAGAUGAGGAAGAUGAAGACGAUGAGGGUAAAAAGGGCUCAGUGGAGCGUGAGGCAGUUGCCGCAGAGGAAAUGUCCACUUUGGUCAACUACGUGCAGCCCACCAAAUUCAACUCAUUUGAAGCUUCCAGAAAGGCCGACCGCUCCUAUCACAUGUCAUCUUUUGUGGAGACCAAAGCUUUAGAGCAUCUCACGAAAUCACCAGUGGAGUUUGUUGAAUAUAAUAAAUCUCAACUGAGUCGAAUCUACCCCAAAGGGACUAGAGUGGACUCCUCUAACUUCAUGCCUCAACUUUUCUGGAAUGCUGGAUGUCAGCUGGUGGCUCUCAAUUAUCAAACGAUUGAUCUCUCGAUGCAGCUUAACCUCUUUAUGUUUGAGUAUAACGGUCGGAGCGGGUACAGACUGAAGCCAGAGUUUAUGAGGCGGCCUGACAAACAUUUUGACCCAUUCACAGAGAAUACUGUGGAUGGCAUUGUGGCAAACACUCUGUCUGUGAAGGUGAUUUCAGGUCAGUUCUUGAGUGAAAAACGAGUGGGCGUGUAUGUGGAGAUGGACAUGUUUGGACUGCCGGCAGACACAAGGAGGAAAGCACUCCGAACCAGAACUUCUCCCAACAACAAUGCCAUCAACCCAGUGUGGGACGAGGAGCCAAUUGUCUUCAAAAAGGUCAUACUGCCCACUCUGGCCUCCCUCAGAGUGGCUGUUUUUGAAGAAGGAGGGAAGUUUAUUGGACACAGGAUUAUUCCAGUGUCAGCAAUAAGGCCAGGUUACCGUUACAUCGGCCUGAGGAAUGAAAAGAACCAGCCCCUCACUCUGCCUGCUGUUUUUGUUUACAUGGAAGUCAAAGAUUAUGUACCAGAUACAUUUGCAGAUGUGAUAGAGGCCUUGUCUAAUCCAAUCCGCUACGUGAACCUACUGGAACAGAGGUCCAAGCAGCUGGCCGCUCUGACGCUGGAGGAGCCUGAGGAGGACAUGCAAUCUGAGCAAAGUGAGGCAGACAGCUGUGUGGAGAGAAAGACUGACACCAGAACAACAGUGGAAAAUGGCCUGAGCCUGGCUUCUGUACCAAUGGGACACACCCCAGUGACCACCACUCCCAAAGCUUCAACAGCCAAUCAGCUGACAGCUACUACAGAUGCCAACAAAGCCCCCUCCAAGUCCGAAGACCUUGUCCUUUGUGUUUUCAUUGACCUCCAGGUGUGCUCCAUGGAGAGUCUCCAGCAGUCCAAGUUGUACCAGAAAGAGCAGAGGCGACAGAGUAAGGAGCUAAAGGAGCUUCUCAGGAAACACCAGAGGAAAACAAGUCAACUAUAUCUAGACUUGAAAAGCAAAUACAAGAAAGUGGCUCGGCAUCAUAGCAGAACUCAAGCAAGUGAGAGGGAAGAGCGCCUCCUACAGGCAAGACAGGAGCAGCAGCAGCACCUUCUGUCUCUGAGACAGGAGCAGUACUACAGCCAGAAGUAUCUCCGCCGAGAGCACAUUCGAGAGCUGACAGAGUGGCUGAGCAGGGCGGCAGAGCAGAACCAUUGUGUCCAGAUGAAGAAACUUGGAGACAUCCAGGACAAGGAGAAAAAGGAACUCAAGCGAUUGAUGGAUCGAAGGAGAACUGAGAAGAUCAACCAGGCCAAAACCAAAGAGAAACACCUUGCACAGGAGGAGAAGAUCGAGAUCAACAAGUGCUAUGUAAAUGAGGUGGUCCAGAACAUCAAACGGUUGGAGGAGGCUCAGGCCAAGCGUGCAGAGCAACUCCAGGAGCAGCACAGAGAUCUACUGCAGCAGAUCCAGGACCUGAAGCCCAGGCUACAAGAGGCGGUGGAAGCUGAGUUUCAGGAGAAGUUUCGUUGCUUGCCGGGAGAGAUCCAGGUCUUCCUGCAGGACAGGUCGUCAGAGGUCAGAGGUCACAGCAAAUCCAGAGUAUCUACCCCUCAUGAAACGUUGUCAGAAGAGGACUGAGGAGAAUGUAGAGGAUUCACCUGUACACAUUCUACAAUGUUACUGCUAUCAUUUUAGACACAUUUACCAUGUUACCCUUUGAGCAUUUAUGCAUGAUUUUAGUUUCACUAAAACAUGUUUAAAAUAAAAUAUAUAAUGCAUGGA